AUGCCGGAGGAGCCGCCCCGUAAGCAGGGAGUCUCCCUGCCCACGGCCAAUGCGACAUCUGACGAAGUCGACCCCUUCAGGAGAUCCGUGGCACGUCUGCCCCGACUUGUGACGAAAACACUGCGGCAAUGGUUUGUGGCGCACGCCUCUCACCCGUAUCCAACGGAACAAGAGAAGAAAGCGUUGCAGGAGCAAACCAAUCUUAGUGACCGACAAAUUGCUAAUUGGUUCGCGAACGCUCGCCGCCGCUACACUGCCAACUCGUUUGAACAACAUGCCCCAUCUUCUGGGCGUUCCAUCUCGGUUCCCAAUCUAGUGAGCACGUCAAGAUGGCAAGACAUGAGCCCCUUGGAUCGCUGGCGUCAUUCUCCCCCCGACCAGGAGCCUGCACCUUUUGAUGCCAUUGCCGUGGCAGUCCGCCACUCGCUCCACAGCAAUGGGUCGGAAACCACAAGGCUCCCCGAUUCUUUCAACACGACACAGCGUCUAUCCCACGCGUACUCAGACAAUUCGUUCGAAUCUCUGAGCUCUCUGGGGACCAGUCAGUCGUCAAACUCUACAGGUAGUGCCUUUUCCUUCGAAUCCAAUAGUACAAACCCAAACUUUCAGCAGUCCUGGCGACUCCCCCGUAGCCGACGCCGGCGCCGUCCCCUCAAGCAGUCUCAAUCGUCAUCAGCACAUCCAUCCAACGGUCGCAAGACACGAAAAUAUCAGUGCACCUUCUGUACAGACACGUUUGCUUCCAAAUACGACUGGACUAGACACGAGAGCGCCCUGCAUCUCUCAUUGGAGAAAUGGGUCUGCUGCCCGCAAGGCCCGAUCUUCUUCGAUCGAGUUCCGCGCUGUUCAUUCUGUGAGGCCGAAAACCCUUCUUUUUCUCACCUUCAAUCACACCGACAUGACGAGUGUACAGCUAAGCCUGGGCCUUUACGAACCUUUGGCCGUAAGGACCAUCUCAGACAACACAUGCAUAUAGUCCACCGAGUUGAGCACAUGCCAGACCACGUAGCCAAUUGGAAGACCAGGAUAGCCUCGAUAAACUGUCGUUGCGGCUUCUGUGGGGAACGAUUCGUCGAUUGGCCUACUCGCAAUAAUCACAUUGCCGAGCAUUUCCGGGACGGGGCCUCGAUGAGAGACUGGACAGGCUGUCGGGGUUUGGACCCUGAGAUUGCAUUGCUAGUGGAAAACGCCAUGCCGCCCUAUCUGAUUGACUCUGAAAGGAAGCAAUUCGAGCCGUUCAGUGCUUCACGCAACACGGGUCAAGAAAUGGGCGCAGUCCAACAUAGUGCGCGGGUCCCCACGUCGUUCGAGUCACUUACUGCGCGCCUGGGUGCUUUUGUCUUACAGGCCAUGAAGGACGGCGUUGUCGUCACUGAUGAGACUGUACGAAGACAAGCACGAACAAUCAUGUACGGGGACGACGAUGCCUGGAAUCAGACCCCGGCUGACAACGCCGAAUGGCUGCGACUUUUCAAAGAAGGGGUCCGUCUGAAAUCAGCCGCGGAGCCGCUCUCAACACAGGUUGACCCGCGUCUCAUACUCGCAGGCAGCGCAGCGGCUGGCGGGCAGGCAUUCUGGCAAGACAGUGCAGACGCUUCCUUGCUCACACGGCUUGAUUCUGCGUUACCGCCAGCAGAGGCACCUUCCCCGUUUGAAAGCAUGGAUCUGAAUAGCGAUUUGCUCCUGCCGUAUGCAUAUGACGACUUGACAAGUUUACCCCUGUGUUGGCAAACUCCAGAGUGCUUGGCGGAGUUCAGCCAGAUGUCUUGCACGCAGAGAGGCGGCGCUGGAAAGACUAAUGCCUGCACGAACAGCAUAGGUAGCGGCACGUUAGCUACAGCCGAGUCUGGAGUGCCCUCACCUCACGGCACGGGAUGCUUGGGAUCCUUUCCAGCGAAGAACAACCAUUCCUUACAGCAAGGACUGUCGCCGGCUCAAAACAAGGAUGCCACCGGUAGUCCAUGUCCGUUUUCAGAAUGGACGAGAGGGGACGACUUCAGCUUCCCGUGCGACUUGAGUCUGCCCAAGAACCCAUCAUGA